UGUCUCGGGGGUGAAGCCCAGAUUGUCGUACUCAGCCUCCCAUGUUUGCCGAUUUCCAACCCCAAAACUGCCUUUCGACCCCAAUAACUGCCUUCAUUUAUAGUUAUCGUUAAAAUGGUUAAUUAUUGGUGUUUCUUGGCAAUAGCUAUGCCUCAGAAACCGGUAAAUACGAGGCUCUGAGUACGAUAAUCUGGCAACGGUGCGCCCAGCCAGGCAGACCGCGGCGGCCACAGAUGGCAGUGGAGGAUGAGGAGCCACUGACCCGAGCAGAGAAGAGUGAGGGGGGCGGAGGGGGAGGCGGGGCGAGGCAGCCUGGCACCCCAGCAAGCAUCGAGACCAUCCUGAGCUCAGCGCUGCACAAACACGCCGCCAGGAAGCUCGGAAAGAAAUUAAGUAAAAGCAAGAGCAAUUUGAAGGUGAAGGAGGAGCCCCACGAAGACAACAGCAAGAAGAAAAAGAAAGGAAAGAGCAGAGGAGUUGAAGCUAGCGAGACACAGGAGCAUCUGGAACUUAUUGCCGUUAAAGAAGGCGGGGGGGCUGAGAGGAGCAGGAGAGAAGGAGCAAGUGCAGAGAGAGACAGAGGAGCGGCAGCUGACACCCGAACCUUAGCUGAAGAUUGGAGUAAAAAGAUUGGAGGGGAGAGCGACGGAGAGGGAGAUGAAGAGGAAGCAGUGUUUAAGGCAGGAGAGGAGGAGGCAGAGGAGGCAGCUACAUCCCCCACCAGGGCAUACCUCAAGGCUGUCGCUGUGCCCAAGAAAAAGCCUGUGAGGAAGCGCAAGAAGACUAUUCAAGACAAUGGCCGGGUGUUGGGCGUCACCAUCCACAGCGCUGACCGGCUCGAAGGCUCGCUGCUGCUGUUCCCUCAUCCUGUCGUCCAGGUGUUCAUCUGCAACUUGGAUUCCGGGCAGCUGCUCCAGAAGUCAUCACCGGAGCGGAAGGUUACCUCCUACUACGAGAGGAGCGAGGUGGACUACAUCCUUCCCGUCAUGACCAAGCCUUUCGACGUCACCAAGGCCAGGAGCACCUACUGUCGCUGGGAAGAGCAGCUGGUCUUCAAUGAACCCCCUGAACACUUUACAUCAGAGGAGCCCGAAGUGGUGGUCUUCUUCCAGCUGAUGGACUUCCCUCCCUCAGCCGCCAGCAGCCCCGGCAUCUCCGAGGGUGCGGGGAGAGACUGGGUCACGUUUGCCUGGGCCUUCCUCAAGGUUAGAGGAACCAAUGGCAACAUCAACAUUGGACAACAGUUAAGGCUGCAGCUGUGGAGGCCAAGGCGCUCCUCCAGGGUAGGGCUGAGGGACCUGCACAGCUGGUGGAGGAGUGGCAGCAGGACCAAGUACCCCUCCACCCUGCACGUCACCCUGCAGGAGGUGGUCAUCCCCCUCAACCCCAGCCCAGCACUCAGGUCCAUGCUGGCAACCCAGGCCGAAGGAGUCGAGGGUGACCCGGCACAGUCCCUGGCACACUCCUCCCCAACAGGGCUGAGGGACAGCCCCGCAUCCCUGGCACACAGGCCAGAGGUCCGGUGGGGCCGCAGACCCAACCAGUCGUGCAAGAUUGGCAGCUUUGUGAAGUACUGUUUUCCUCACUCAGACAAAGGCUGCCUUGUCAUCAAGUUCUCACAUGAUGGCCUCAAGAUAGCGUGUGGGAACCAUAAGGAAGUCCUCAUAUAUGAUGUCCUAGCUGGCCACCUGGAGCAGGUGUUAUGCGGCCACCUUGGCCUCAUUUAUGACAUCUGCUGGAGCACUGAUGACAGCCACGUCCUGACCGCUUCAGCAGACUCAACGGCAAGAAUUUGGAAGUUGGGCGGUGCAGAGGUGCAUAACCAGGGUGAGGUGCUGGCACACCCUUCAUAUGUGUACACUGCUCGAUUUGUUCCUGCGGCGCACCAUGUUGUGGUGAGUGGCUGCUAUGACCAUGUGCUCAGGGUCUGGACCUGCAGCAAGAAGGGCCCAUACUCUGUUGUGCAGGAGCUUACCAACCAUCUGUCCUUUGUAAAUGCAUUGUGCUUUAACAGUGAAGGAAAUGUUCUAUAUUCAGGAGACAGACAGGGAAUAAUAUUUGUAUGGGAUGUCAGACUUUCUCCCAAGGACAGAAACAGAAAGAAGGCCAAGAUGCUGAGCCUCAAACACGAAGCCAAAGUCCCAGACAUUGUUGGCAACCCCAUCAACUCCAUCUGUGCCCACCCCGGAGGCUUCCGCCUGCUGGUGCACACAAGGGACAGCCAGCUGAGGCUCGUCAACCACCAGCACUGGACAGUGACCCACACCCUGCAGGGUGCCCUCAACGUGCGGGAACAGCUGCGUAGCUGCAUCAGCCCCUGCGGCAUGUGGGUGGUGUCUGGGAGCGAAGAUGGAGGGCUCUUUGUGUGGAACUCCGACACAGGAGAAAUAACCGCCUCGGUGAUGGACCUGCCUCUCUAUGGAACCGUUUCCUGCGUUGACUUCCACCCCCACGACCACAUGAUGGCAGUGUCCUCCUACUCCAACGAGUCCCCGGUGCUCAUCUUGGCUCAUGCUGGAAAUGUAUCAAAGAAUACUAAUAUUUCACUCUCUGUUGAAUCUUCCUCUACAAGGAACCACUUCAGUUCCUUGAGGAUCUCAGGUCCACAGCCGAGCCAGCUGGGGCAGGCAGUGUUCCAGGGCCUCGAGACUUACCAGACAGUGACCAGCAGAGCGUCAGUCACCGUGGAGAAGAUUCAUAAGAUAUCUCAGGAGCACAACAUGCUGUCUGUAGGCAAUUCAUCUUUUUGUUUUUCGUCAGAAGAGAAAGAAAAUUCCCUUUUUUCCAUGAAGAUUCACAAGUCCAAAAGUGGCCACCACCUGAUGAUGGCCCGCGAGGACGCCAUCCUCAAGAAGCUGGACUCUGUGCUGAGGAUGGCCAGCGAGGAGCCGCUCAGCAUCACCUCCACCACCAGAGAGAGGAGUGAAGGCUUCAUGGUGCAGGGCCAGCUGGCCACCGUGCUGUACGACUACACCGGCUCCGACAAGAGGGAGCUUUCCCUCAAGCAAGGAGACUUUGUGUUGGUGGUGCAGGAGCUGAACAGUGACUGGUGGCUAGUGCAGACGGCUGACGGGCGCUCCACAGGCCUGGUGCCAUCACCCUACCUCAGCAAGCUGCCGCAGGAGGGGAAUGACGACACAGAGAAAUAUGACGACACUGGAAAGGUGCUGGUGGUUCCCUCAGCCCAAGGAGACUUGAGCUUCCUCUCAGACGCAGAAGACGCCCCUCGGCCUGCCCGGGCUCGCAGGCACAGGCUGAGAACUGCCUCUAACCCCCCAGCAGCAGUUAAAAGUGAAGAGGAGGUGCAGGUCCACCAGUAACAGCCGCCACCCCCCCCUUGCCUUAGGACGAGAAGUAACGCUCAGUGUGCCUUGCCCAACCAGUGGCCUUACACAAUCAGGUACUCCUGGCUUCCUGCCCGGCCUUCCACCACUCCUUGAGGGGAGGACCCGGCCUUUGUUGAGUGGUUGUGCUGCUCUACUGCAGUUACAUUAUUAGCUGUCGUAGAGGUUGUGGGUCUACAGUAGCUGUGGGUUCUGCUUGUAGAUGUUUUCCUGUUAGUAAGUCACUCUUGUAUUUUGAAGAUUGGGUGUCCAGCGGCUGACCUGUUUAGUCUAGUCAUUGCUACGUUGUGCCUUCCAUGCUGUUCUGUGCAAAACAGUGGCUGUGUAUUGUGCAGGACUAUGCACAUCAACACACCUCAGAGGCCACAGCCAAGGUUUACUACAAACAGAUAACUUUGUUGUCUGUAAGACCUAAAGAAGAUGUUUUAUUAUCAAGAUAGUGGUUAUUGUACAAGAGGUCAUCACAGGCAGAUUCAGUGUGCAAUGUUAUAAAGCAGAUACACAUCCUGUGCUGCAGCAGAGCAAUUAUCUAGUCACACAAGGUCCUAUACUUUUGUCCAGUCAUAUGUAGAACAGUUUAGAUACAUGUACUGACCUAAGUAUUGGUUAUAAAUAAGUACCUGAAGAGUGUAUUCACUCAUCCUUCUACAUGUACUAACACCUUCACGGAGAACUUGCAGUAGUUUUAUAUAACAACAUAACGGUGCUCCACAUCAGGUCUGGAGAAGUAGUUACAUGGGACAGUUUUAUAUAACAACAUAAGGGUGCUCCACAUCAGGUCUGGAGAAGCAGUUACAUGGGACAGUUUUAUAUAACAACAUAAUGGUGCUCCACAUCAGGUCUGGAGAAGUAGUUACAUGGGACAGUUUUAUAUAACAACAUAAUGGUGCUCCACAUCAGGUCUGGAGAAGUAGUUACAUGGGACAGUUUUAUAUAACAACAUAAGGGUGCUCCACAUCAGGUCUGGAGAAGCAGUUACAUGGGACAGUUUUAUAUAACAACAUAAUGGUGCUCCACAUCAGGUCUGGAGAAGUAGUUACAUGGGACAGUUUUAUAUAACAACAUAAGGGUGCUCCACAUCAGGUCUGGAGAAGUAGUUACAUGGGACAGUUUUAUAUAACAACAUAACGGUGCUCCACAUCAGGUCUGGAGAAGUAGUUACAUGGGACAGUUUUAUAUAACAACAUAAGGGUGCUCCACAUCAGGUCUGGAGAAGUAGUUACAUGGGACAGUUUUAUAUAACAACAUAACGGUGCUCCACAUCAGGUCUGGAGAAGUAGUUACAUGGGACAGUUUUAUAUAACAACAUAAAGGUGCCUCUAGUAGUUAUAAAAGGACGCUUAUUCAGUUGUCUCAUGACAUUAAGCUUUAUAGUCAACAUAAGGUAAAUUAAAGGACUUUUUUUUAUAUACAUUAGUUUUUAUUUUUAUCAAAGUAUGUCCUCUGGUGGUGCUGGUAUGAGGGACACCGAGUGGUUCAUAGAGAUCGUUCUCCGUCCCUUGCCAUUCCCAUGUAGCACCAGGGUUGGCAGGUCCAGGGAGAGGUUCAUACAGGUUGUUCUCCACGACGUAUACUUGUUGCUGGUCAUCCCUGGCUCUGGUGGGGUUUACAGGUCCAGGGAGAGGUUCAUACAGGUUGUUCUCCACGACGUAUACUUGUUGCUGGUCAUCCCUGGCACUGGUGGGGUUUACAGGUCCAGGGAGAGGUUCAUACAGGUUGUUCUCCACGACGUAUACUUGUUGCUGGUCAUCCCUGGCACUGGUGGGGUUUACAGGUCCAGGGAGAGGUUCAUACAGGUUGUUCUCCAUGAUGUAUACUUGUUGCUGGUCAUCCCUGGCACUGGUGGGGUUUACAGGUCCAGGGAGAGGUUCAUACAGGUUGUUCUCCACGACGUAUACUUGUUACUGGUCAUCCCUGGCACUGGUGGGGUUUACAGGUCCAGGGAGAGGUUCAUACAGGUUGUUCUCCACGACGUAUACUUGUUACUGGUCAUCCCUGGCACUGGUGGGGUUUACAGGUCCAGGGAGAGGUUCAUACAGGUUGUUCUCCACGACGUAUACUUGUUACUGGUCAUCCCUGGCUCUGGUGGGGUUUACAGGUCCAGGGAGAGGUUCAUACAGGUUGUUCUCCACGACGUAUACUUGUUGCUGGUCAUCCCUGGCACUGGUGGGGUUUACAGGUCCAGGGAGAGGUUCAUACAGGUUGUUCUCCACGACGUAUACUUGUUGCUGGUCAUCCCUGGCUCUGGUGGGGUUUACAGGUCCAGGGAGAGGUUCAUACAGGUUGUUCUCCACGACGUAUACUUGUUGCUGGUCAUCCCUGGCACUGGUGGGGUUUACAGGUCCAGGGAGAGGUUCAUACAGGUUGUUCUCCACGAUGUAUACUUGUUGCUGGUCAUCCCUGGCUCUGGUGGGGUUUACAGGUCCAGGGAGAGGUUCAUACAGGUUGUUCUCCACGACGUAUACUUGUUGCUGGUCAUCCCUGGCUCUGGUGGGGUUUACAGGUCCAGGGAGAGGUUCAUACAGGUUGUUCUCCACGACGUAUACUUGUUGCUGGUCAUCCCUGGCUCUGGUGGGGUUUACGAGGCCUCCGAGUGGUUCAUACAGGUUGUUCUCCACGACGUAUACUUGUUGCUGGUCAUCCCUGGCUCUGGUGGGGUUUACAGGUCCAGGGAGAGGUUCAUACAGGUUGUUCUCCACGACGUAUACUUGUUGCUGGUCAUCCCUGGCACUGGUGGGGUUUACAGGUCCAGGGAGAGGUUCAUACAGGUUGUUCUCCACGACGUAUACUUGUUGCUGGUCAUCCCUGGCUCUGGUGGGGUUUACAGGUCCAGGGAGAGGUUCAUACAGGUUGUUCUCGAUGACAUAGUCUUGUGUGGGUGUGGGUGGGUCAGGCUGGUGAUGAUACUGGACCCCCAUGCCUGUUGAUCAGUUGUUAUAAU